AGCCAAGGCGCUUUCGGCCGCCUGUGGAUGCCAAAGGUGCAUCUAUCCACAGAAUCACAUUACAUAACACUAAAUUUAAAGCAUUUCUACUUUAUUCUUUUUCUUCCACAAAAAAUUACAACUUUCUAUUCCAUUCAUCUUCCCAACCUCUCUCUCUGCCUGCUACCACUCAACAAUGUUUUUUAAACUUGUAACAGGACCACGGAAAACUAAACCAGGCACCGUUCCUGUUUACCUUAAUGUCUACGACCUCACACCGAUUAAUGGCUAUGCUUAUUGGCUUGGCCUUGGUGUCUACCAUUCAGGGGUUCAAGUUCAUGAUAUUGAAUAUGGUUUUGGAGCACAUGAAAAUGACACAACUGGAAUUUUUGAAGUGCAACCGAAAAACUGUCCAGGUUUCACUUUCAGAAAAUCAAUUUUCAUUGGAACUACAGAUUUAGGUCCAAGAGAUGUUAGGGCACUUAUGGAGAAACUAGCUCAAGAGUAUUCUGGAAACUCUUAUCAUCUCAUCUCCAAAAAUUGCAACCACUUCUGUCAUGAUGUUUGUCUCAAAUUAACUGGAAAGUCAAUUCCUAGAUGGGUAAAUCGACUUGCUAGACUUGGUUUAUUUUGCAACUGUGUUCUCCCCCCUGGCUUAAAUGAAACAAAGGUUCGGCACAUUUCAUCCGACAAGGUACAAGAAGGAGAAAAGAGGAAAAUGAGAAGUCAUUCCAAUCCUCAAGGUUCAUCAAGACAGUGCCUUCCUCCAUCAACUUUGAUCAAAGCUUCUUCAACAUCAACAUUAACAGUAAAGUAAAGUAAAGCUUUAACAGGAAUCAGCCUAAAAAAUAUAGGAUUUGAGAAUUAUGUAAGCAACCAAAGAUGAAUCAGGGCAGAAAGUUGGUUAUUUGAUCCAUCUUUCUGUUCUGUUGUAUUGUAUAUCAUUCUUAGUGUGGCAAUAGCUAAUGUGGAAUGGUUGCUUUGUUUUUGUCUAUGUUCUUUUUUAAGAUGCCUUAUUUCAUCUAUGAAGGAAAAGUUUACAUUUCCUACAUUAGGAAGUUUUGAAUUGACAUGUUGGAGCUUAUUUGAUGUUUAAACACUUUUAAAUUA